CAACUCUCGCGACAUUUCUUCAGUGUAUCGUUUCCAUGGAGACAGCCGUUGUCAUGACGACGGGUACAAGAUAAGUUUGACGUUUAGUUUUGUACGUUACGAUGUGUUCGGGAGUUUUCUAAGCUUCAAUUCGUUGCACUACACUUUUCUAAUCCGUUUUAAAAGGAUACAAAUUCGGGUGGCAAUGAGUGACGAAAAAAGUUCGACUGAGUCAGAAACGACGGCUGCUAGCAGUGCGAGAAAAUUCAUAAAGAAACCAGCCACGAUUCACCUGACAAAUGCCGCACAGCUUCCAGAGAACACGAAUUGCCUGGCGUGCUCAGAUGACAGCGCAUACCUCAGCCUGGGUCAUUCCGGUGGCUUUUCGGUGUGGUCUGCGAGUACGCUUAGCCGUGAGGCAGAAUGGUUGCAGGAGAGAGUCGAGAUGACUUCCAUCCACAUGACCUGUGCCAGUGAAAAUGCAUAUUUGCUGGGCACGAUUGAUGACAUGGGUGUCGCCAGAGUCUUUUUGUAUAACUUAGAAGGCAUUUAUUCCUUUAGUGUUAUUAACAUGAUGGAUGAUAUCAACAAGAGGAGUGUUUGCUUAAAUUUUGAACUAUCCAAAGGAAGUGAAUAUGGCUCUCUUAUAAUGAGGUACAACAAUGACAUUUGGCUUGAAAUCUAUUAUUUUCCCGUACAUGACUGGCUGAGAGAGUUAAAGGAUCCCAAAAUUUCAGCAAACCUGAAAUGGUCUCCUGCUGUCCGGGUGAAUCGAGUCAACCCAUCAACAGCAAACGCCACAGAGGUCCCCAACAUCUUGUCUUACUUUUUAGUUUUGGAUGAAACAAACGAGCCACCAAGACACUGCACGACACAUUUCCUUCUGCGCUGUGGUCACUCUGAUGAAAAGACAAAAGCAAAGCCAGGAUCCCCAGUUUCUCUCUGUUUUUGGUGGACCGGAAGUUACAAUCUUCUCUACCUGAUGCUCUCCAAAACAGCAAAGGCCAAACACGAUCCCGAACCGCCACCGUUGGUGCUGUGGCCCAAUUGGGCGGAAAUCCUCUGCUCCGCCGUCAGUAGGUGCACUCGUUUCAUUGCACUCGGCCUCAGCAAUGAUUUGCUGUGUGUCUGGGACAGGCUGUCUGGCUCUCCGUUGUCUAUCUCAAGAGUAUUAUCAGAGGGUGCCUUACUCAAGCUGCACUUUGUGGAUUACUGGCCUGCGUGCUCCGAUACUACCCCGACUUUAACGGCGGGUGAAGUUCACCUUGUGACGCUUUACGAGAGCGGCGCCGUUCACGUCGUAAGCACGAGCCAAGGAGCGGCAACCAACACUGGGCAGCUCUCGCCAAGGCCAAAAGACAGCGGUGACCAGGCCACUGUCAUUGUAUCGGUACCAUUCCUGCAGGGCUUGUCAUUGGUGGUGUGCCGAAAUGGAGAAAUGUUCCUGCAAGAUGUCGUCAACCGAGCCACGGUGUGCGUCUUGAGCUUUCCUCCUCACCAUCAGCUGGCGAGUCCGUCCAAUCCCAUCUAUUCGCUGAAUAUCAAUCAACGCAUUCUCUUCAUUCGAGCCGACCAGGAGCCCACCUCCAGCGUUUCAUCUCUAGAUGAUUCAAAUCAGAGUCAGAGCCACAGUCUGCUCAUGUUGCAUUUCGACAAGCAUGACGCCAUCAAGCCGUAUGUUGUUUCGCAUCCAGAAUCUCCACGGCAACAAGAAAGCAACGUAUUAAUCGGGGAGGAUGCCUGCAACUUGUAUCUUGAGCAAAGAGCUCUGUCAAUGGAUGAGAGGCACAAAGCUAUUACGCAGACUUGGAAGCGACUGCGGUGUGCUACCACCACGUAAAAGCAUCAUGGACAAAGAAUCAUUUCUAUUUUAUGCAGAGGUAACAUUUUCACAAAAAAUAGACACUCAGUUGUACUUUGACUUAUUAUUUUAAAUUAGUUCUGGGACCAAGCUUGCAAAUCAGUUGACUUAUACUGCACAUCAAGUCAAUUUUCCCUAUUAAAAUGAAUUGUGAUACUGUACUAUUAGUCCGAUUCAGACCAUAAAAAAAGUUUAAAAAAAGAAA